AUGCCUUCAGUCCUCAAACGCUGGAAGCUGAACUGGUGUGACCUGUGGAUAGAUGGGAGUUUUGUUUUUUACAAAUCUGAAUCCAGAAGAGACUAUGAGACCAGAGUGAAUCUGAAGGCCACCUGUGUGAAUGUGAAGUCUGGACUGGAGUGUGCAGGUGUAUGUCCACCUGAGAGUCACCCCCGAGAGAAUCUGCUGGUUGUUUAUCUGAGGGAUGGAUCUACGCUGAUCCUGUGUGCCAACAGUGAAGAUGAGGCACUGGCCUGGAAACUCACGCUCAUGGAGGCGAAAAGAAAUCCAGUUUUCACAUACAAUCCCUAUGACGAUACUUACCAGACCGUUCCGAUUGACAGCCAUAAUGCAGUUUACAUCAUGCCAGGUACAGGGUGUGGAGGAACUCAGCAUGUCUGGGUGCACAGAGAAUCUGAUGACAAUUUCGGAGAGCAGAUUGCAUUGGGGCUCCUGGCUGGAAUGGCUGCGGGUGCAGCAAUGCGUUCACUUUUAUGGAUGCCCUUCUGGUUCUGCUGAGGACCAGUCAGAUAGCAGGAUGAAAGAAUACACUGGAAGAGACGUCCAUAAAGCUCAGCGAAAGCAAACGCUCCUGUUCCUGCAUAUAAAUAUGUAAAUAUCAGAAUAGCUGCAGCUGUUUUAAACUCACUGGGCAUUAAGAGGUCAAUCAAUGUGUAAAAGAGGGAUUCUAGCUGCUUCAAAACAGGACUGUUAAACAGAUUUUUUUUUCCCUAAUAUGUGAAAUAUCAACAGAUAUUUCUGUAACAUAUCUAUAGAAUAAUUCUGCACAUAACUAAGGUUGUAUUUUCUUGUUGUUAUGAUUCUGCUUUGUGUAUAAUGUACAUGUAGAGCUUUGCAAAUUUGUUCAGUUUUGUCCAUGAUUUAUAUUUGUUAUCUUGUCAGAUAUCUACUAUUUGUAUUUAUAAGUAGCUCCAAAACAUUUUCUAACUAUAAACCACGUGGAACCCUGAAUUUAUUAUAUUCUAUAGCAUGAGGUUUGGGAGUGACCGGCAGACCUUUGAUUGCUCUCCAAAUAUAAAAAUCUUGUGUGUUUAUAGGAAUUUUCUAUCCACCUUUUUCCUGCGCCCCAUGAUGCUUUGCGCGAAUUAUGGGAGUAACUUCCGUUAAACUGUAAACAAUCAGCGAAAGGUUCGCAUUAUGAGCGCAAUAAGCAUUUUCAAAAACUGGGUGCAAUUCAGUCAACCUGACGGAUAAGGAUUAUUUGUAGCAUAACCAUAUGAUUAUUUUGAAAUGAUCUCUUUCAGUGAGUGGAUAUUUCCCAAACCGGAAGUGCCUCCCGUAAUCUCAGUAGGCUAGUUAGGAAAAAGGUGGAUGAAAAUAUGAUGCUGAAAUAGUCACCAAAAGCCGAAUAUAUUCAUUAUAAUGAAGGUUUGAGAAAUGCCUUUGAAAUAUCUCAAUAGAGUACCUCAGGGAUGACGUGUUUUUGUAGGCAAAACCCGGAAGCGAGUUAGCAUUUUAGGACUUCUGGUUCCAUCUCCCCAAAGUCAGUGGGUUUUUUGAAUGGUUUUUUUUGCUAAAUCGCCUGAAAUAAGGUCUGUGGUUAACAAAGCCUCUAAAUAUUUUCACGUUUUGAUCUAUGACAUAAAACACACCAGUUAUAACCCGCUUGUGAUUUUUUAAACCUUUAUUGUGUCUUAAAAACGGCAGUUGCUAACAAAUUGCUAAAAGGGACUACUUCCUUUGGCGGGGACUUUAGACGUCAUCAUGACAAACAGGACAUUUGGACAGCAUUUCUCAUGAAAAAGUGGAUAAGUAUUCAUACACAGCGCAGAUCAUAAUCAGCGAACAUAUUUUUAAAUAAAGUUGUUUUCUAAAUAAAGUUUGAGGAAGCUUGGUGGUGGUGACGUUGAUCCGCGAUCAUGGUGUGCUGUAAUCCGUUUAUAGCCUGCUGUUAGCUUUUUAUAUCUGACAACUUUAUUUAGGCUUCAAAAUGUAAAAAUGUUGUGUUAACUUGUAAAGAUUAUCUUGAUAGACAAAACGUGUAAGUGUCAUAACCCUUUGUUAAACACAGAGCUUAUUUUUUGCGAUUUUCCAAAAGUCUAUGGGAAAAAUGCAUAGGUUUUCGAUCGAGGGAACCCGUGUGCCGCUAACUUCCGGGUUGGCCUACAAAAACACGUCAUCCCUGAGGUACUCCUUGACGAAAGCUGCAUAAUGGAAUCAGUUCUCGUGACUGACCACUAGAGGGGGGCAGAGCAGCAUUUGCAUCUGGCCUGUUUAUGCGCUAAUGUACUACCUUGCAAAUGUAUAAAGUUACAUUGUUGUGCAACACUUAUAAAUAAAUAAAAAGCUGCUACCAGACGCAGAAGCACAAAACAUUUGGAAUUUCAUUUUCUGUGUUCGCAAUCAAAAUUCACUGCUCUGCACAUUUACCAACUUCUUGAUUAACAAACUAAGUUAUACAUCCACCAAUCAAAACAAGAACAAAAAAAAUUGUUGCUAAAUAAAGUUUUUAUUAGGGAUGUCUCAAGAUGCUGGCCAAUUUUAGCAGUGCAAAUAAUGAGCAUUGGCGUCAAGCAGCACUGCCUGACGAAACUGGUUAAAAUCCAUUUGAAAUGUAUGAGACCAUUUAAAGAAAAAGCAAAAAAAUACACAAAAUACACUAAAUCUUAGAAACGUUUAGAUCAGUCUGGGGCCAAAAUAUCACUGAACAUUUAAAAACUAAUGUAACAGCUGCUUUGGGCCAGAAUAUCUCAACGUCUCUGUCUAUGAAUUAUGAAAAACCAAACAGUGUUUAAAAACAAAACAAAGAUAUUACAAAUAAAUAUUAGGGUUCAUGGUUGAUUCAACAAAUCAAGAAGAAAACAAACCACAUCUAGUGUGUCAUUAUUAAAAUAAAUCAAACUUUACAAUGCUAAUAAAAAACAAACAAACCAGUGGAAGCCCAAUAAAACAAACCAUUGAAGGCAACGGCUGCAUAUUAUCUGUUAAACCGGAUCUGAUAAUUCCCUUAAUAUACAUAUUUCUUUACAAUAACUGUAUAUCUCUUUGACUAAGCUAUUGGCUUUCUAAUGCUCAAAAUAAGAUGGAAAGAAAUCUAAUAAAAUGACAACUAAGCAGAAGAAAAAAAAAA